AUGCACCAAACAGGGAACCCGCAGUACCCACUAAUGUGGGACCCUGAACCUAAAGCCAUACCCAGAGCUGGUGUAUCUGUGACUGGAAUAGUCGUGGCUGUCGUCUGCACGUUGUGUGUUGCUGUUGGUGCAGCUGCAGUUGUCGUCUUUGUGAUCUAUAAGAGAGGUGGAUGCUCUCAAACCAAGGGACAGACUAAAGGCUCUGAAUCCACUCUUAAGGACAGGCCACAGCCAAUUAUACACACCGUGUCAGGUGGAAAUGUCAAGUUGUUUGGAAACAUGACCAAGACAAAGGAGAAAGCCAAUGUUCUCGAGGAAAUUCCCAGAAAGAACAUCAGGUUCCAGAACACGAUAGGACGAGGAGCUUUCGGUACCGUGGUCAAAGCGGAAGUUCUGAACUUGAAGAGGACCAGAGGAUGUGGAGCCAAACGCUGGACAACCGUUGCGGUCAAGAUGACAUUGGUGUCCGAGGACCAGAGAGAGGAGUCCAGGAGAGACUUUCUGGCAGAGCUGGGGAUCAUGCGGUCAUUGCCCCCUCACGUGAACAUCGUGACGUUGUAUGCCAGUUGUACUGCUCAUGACCCUUAUCUCAUGCUGCUGGAGUUCGCUGAGCGGGGCGACCUAAAGCGACAUCUACAGGACCAGCGUAUGGAGAGAAACUACGCUAAUGCGGCUUUCUGCUCGUAUGGUCUUAAGCAGGACAGUGCACAGUACAUCACCGCAACACGUGCAACCCCGAUUAGAGUUGACGGUAUCGAUAACACGGAAGUGCUGACGUCACAGACACUAAUGUCCUACGCUCUUCAGGUUUGUCGCGGGUUACGUCACCUGGCGAAUAAUAAGAUUGUCCAUAGAGAUGUCGCAGCCCGUAACAUGCUCCUGUAUUCUCAUCACGUGGUCAAGAUCUCGGAUUUCGGACUAGCCAGACACAUUGGUCCAGAUGAUGAGUACACUCGGACACGUAAGGGACUUCUCCCAGUCCGCUGGAUGUCCCCUGAAUCUCUCUUCUACAACCAGUACAGUCAGAUGUCAGAUGUCUGGUCUUUUGGUGUCUUCGUGUGGGAGUUGGUCACGCUGGGCUCCACCCCUUUUGCUGGCCUUGACACUGAGAAGGUUCUUGACGUCAUCAAGGCAGGUCAGCUGCUCACCUGCCCAGGUCACAGUUCUGGCAUCGUUAAUGAGCUCAUGUUAAAGUGCUGGAAAACAAGCCCCAUUGAGAGACCCACCUUCGCAGAACUCUGUGGUCACCUGGAGAAACUUCUGGAAUCUCAGGUCGAGUACGUGGACCUUGAUCAGAUGGAUGACCACGAGUACAGCACACUGGAUGAUUAG